UGUGCCGCAAACUGUACGGUGACUGACAUCCGAGUAUACGCGGGACUAAUAAACCAAAGCAUUUCAAGUCACGCAUACUAUACGGGCGGUGAGUAUUACAUUAAUCCUGAUUACGCAGCAAACAAAUGGUUUCCCUACGAUCUGGCGCUCAUCCGACUCGACUCUAGUAUACCACUGGACGGGGCGUCGGGUUUGACGGGAAUUAACGCCAUUUGUUUGCCCGAAGAGAAUGUGACAAAUGUGACCGAAGAGUACGCCCUAUUGAAUGGGUUUGGCGUCGAUAACGAUAACGGGACGGGAAGUGGUAUUCAACGCAUGGGUUGGACUAAAAUACUGAAGGGCAAUCCCGACGAUAGUCGGGGUCAAAAUACCAUGCUGUUUUGGACACGCGUACCGUUCCCGACGGGAACAGCCGGUUGUUCCUAUGUGAAUGGUGUGGCUGUACUCAUUGGCAUUCAUGCUACUAAACACGGCACAGGAAAGGCAUGUAUGGGCUUAGAUCCGGACGAUACAGGAAGUGGUCCUCGUGUUUCACACCACAUGCAAUGGAUUGUCAAUACUAUUAGUUCAUUUGACAAUGUUCAGGCCUAA